AUGACUAGCAAAUUCGAGACCCUGCGGCCAGUGACCGUUGCUGCCUGCCAACUUGGCCCGAGCCAUUUAGCAGACUCGCGUGAAGAUGCCUUGAAGCGCAUGUUUAAGCUUCUAGAUCAAGCCGCGAAAGAAGGCGUCAAAUUUGCCGUGUUCCCGGAGCUGGCUUUCACCACUUUCUCCCCGGCAUAUCUGCUCGAAGGCGAGGACCUAGAUCAAUAA